AUGAGCAAUUCUGACUGUUCAUCAUCUCCUUCAUCUCAACGUUCAAGGAGAGUUAGGGUUUCAGCCUUCCCCAGUGACACACCCAACUGGCUGUCCCUUCCUGACGAUCUCUUCCCUUGUGUCACAAUCCGUCUCAAUUCAAAGGUCGACACCCAAAGCUUCCGAGCUGUUUGCCGCAAACUUCAUUCAGUCAUCUCUCCACCUCGAGCUCUUCAUUCUCCUCUUUCAAAACUGAUAAGGAUUAACUUCCCUGAUUGCAAAAAAAGGCACCCCGGUGGACACCUUCUUCUCUCUCAGUCCACCAUUUAUGCAAUCGAACCUCUUGGCGAAAUCUUGAACGCACACGACACUAAAACGUGGUGGGUCAGAGUCAAAGAAUCUUACAAUGGAAAGGUCCAGCUCGAGGAUCCAUUUUCUGGACGUCGAGUUAAAAACUUCACUGGUAUCAUCCCAAAGCACUUGAGCUCUCUCAACUAUCGAGUUAAAGAGAUUACAAAAGUCUACAGACUUGAGUUCGUUGGUCGAUCUACAACUACAUCCGGCAAAUUUAACAGCUGGGAACCGAAUUUUUUCCAGAAGGUGGUUGCUUCGCCGUGUCUGGAGGAAAAUGGUGCUGAUUUUUCGAUGAUGGUGAUGUAUUCUCCGGAUGAGAUACUGGCCGCCUGGAGAUAUGGUGAAGCGAAAUGGCGUGAUAUAGAGUUUUUCAAAGACGACAUGCUUGCUGACAUAGUUUAUCAUGAUGGGAAGUUUUAUGCUUUGGGCUACCUCGGUAGUCUUUUAUGUUUUGAUAUCAAAACUGGGGUAGAUACUAAACUGAUGCCACCGGGGCAGCAUGAUAGAUGUUUUGGUUGUGGGUCUCGCUACUUGGUUGACUCGCUGAAAGAUUUAUUCUUGGUGGUUAAACGGUGCCGGGAUACUAUCAUGGUCCUCAAGCUUAAUAAAAAGAGACUGAAGUGGGAGCCGGUUAGGGAUUAUUUGGGGGAUCGUGUGUUAUUUGUGAGUAAGAAUUGCACCUACUCUGUUUCGGCCAAGGAGUUUUGGGGUUGUAAACCGAAUUGUAUUUAUUACACGGAUGAAUUCCCUUUCUGUUAUGAGGAUGGUGUCCCGACCCGCCCUGGAAAGAACGCGAGGAUAUAUGACUUGAAGAAACAUGUUGCUGGACGCCCCUCAACGUUUCCAGGCUAUGGAAAACUCUUCUGGCCACCGCCUCCAUGGCUGACGGACCUACCGGAGUAUCUAUACCAUGAUUCUGAUUGUAAGUGUUUUUCCUUUUUCUUUUAG